CCGCAUGGAAAGCCCAGACCCGAAGGAGCAGCUGGUGGUUGAGAUUUGGAGUUCAAGAAAAAACACUCCGAAAGAAUUGCUGCUGCAUGCAUUAAAGGAAAUAGCAGCAGCAGCAGCAGCAGCAGCAGCACAGCUGCGCGCGGACGCAGACUGGGAGCGAGAAGAAAAGGCCCUACAAAAGGGCUGGGAACAAAUUUGCAAACACAAGGAAGCUGAAAGGCAGCAAGAACUCCAAGGGGGCCCCCCCCUCUAUACCCUAAACCCUAAUGGAGAGUUGCGGCCUCCGCCCGAAAUUAGCCCGGAAGAAUGGUUCAGGCAAGAGCAGCAACAGCAAAUGCAGCAGCAACAGCAGCAAAUGCAGCAGCAGCAGCAACAGCAGGUACAGCAGCACCCGCAGCAGCAGCAGCAACAGCAGCAGAUACAGCAGCACACGCAGCAGCAGCAGCAGCAGCAGCGAGAAGAUGCAGCAGGCAGCCCCGACGAUGUGCUCCUAGAGGAUUUGCCCCUCCCGCGGAGAGCUCUUGAGGGCUUGAAGGAAUGCGGUGUACGUACACUGGGCCAAGUCAGCCUCUACUCGCUGCAGCAGCUGCUGCGGGUUCCAGGCGUAAGCCUUUCAGCAGCAACUUUGCUGCAGCAGCUGCUGCAGCACCGCUACGACAGGGAGUUGGCCCCAGACUAA